AUGAGCACCCCUUACUCCGUCGUCUCGACCGAAAAUGCUCCGGCUGCUAUCGGUCCUUAUGUCCAGGCCGUGAAGCACAAUGGUCUGAUCUACGCUUCGGGAUCUAUCCCGCUUGACCCCAAGACCAUGGAGGUUGUUUCGGGCGGUAUCGAAGAGCAGACUACCCAAGUCUUCAAAAACAUGUCCGCCGUCCUCUCCGCCUCGGGCGCCACCCCCGCCUCCAUUCUCAAAACCACCGUCUUCCUCAAGAGCAUGAACGACUUUGUCGCCUUCAACAAGAUCUACGCCGAGUUCUUUGGGCAGACCAAGCCCGCGCGGAGCUGCGUCGAGGUCGCGAGGCUGCCGAAGGACGUUUUGGUCGAGAUUGAGUUCAUCGCUGUGGAGGGCAAAUCAUCGUGA